GCCUUGCAACCACGCUUUUGCCGGUUGCUAGGCUACUUCGGGGUAGAGUCAUAACAAACACGUUUUCCCGCGAAACCAACACGACCGCGACGACCACCACCCCAUUCCCCCAAACGUACCCGCCGAGAAGAAGCAAAGAACUACUAGUAACUAUGGCAUCAACCAAGCCUGCUGCCAAACUCGCAUCCAAGCCCACUCACAAGCCCGCGCAACAUCACCAGAAGCCGCUGGAAUUCUACACGACCUCCUCGACCGGCCACCAAAUCUCGAACGGUGUCAGCAAGUCGGCGGCAUGGCACAAAUCCCGCCAGAGCAAGUUGAAGUCACAGUUCGGCGAUGGUUCGCUGCCACUCUCGACGAUCCUCUCCGCCGCAAAACGGAGCUCUGGAAGCAGCAACAGCAGUAGUGGUGAUAGAAACCCCACACCAACCGCGCCUACCGCGACCGCCGCAAAACCGAGCUCCGGAAGCAACAGCAGCAGUAGCGAUGGAAACCCCGCGCCGUCCGCGACACCGUCGGCAACUAGUACCGCGACCGCCACAAAAGGAAAGCCCAUAUUCUCCUCCUGCAACAUCCACAUCUCCGGCAGCACGGCGCCACACAUCAGCGAUCACAGGCUGAAGCACCUCCUCACGUUCCACGGCGCCACAGUGCACCCGAUGCUCCGGCGGAGCACUACCACGCACGUGGUUCUUUGCCCCGCCGCAACAGUGGGCUCUGGGGCCGGUGGGGGCCUCGCCGCAAAAAAGUUGCAAAAGGAGAUUGAAGCGAAGAAGGGCGCCAAGAUGAAGUUCGUCACGGUGCAGUGGGCGCUGGAUAGUAUCGCCGCUGGCAGAAGAUUGCCCGAGGGGAAGUUUAUGGAACAUGGUGUGGGGAGGGAUGCAGGGCAGAGCUCGUUGGGCGCCUUCUUGAAGAAGGGGAAUGCGAAGUGAUGGAGUCCGAGGAAGGACUAUCCGGUUUUUUGGGCCUUGCAUGAUUUGUAAAGGAGUUUUCUGGUUAGAGCUUUGUUUGUUACUGCAGAAUUAAUGGAUCUCGAACACGAGAGUAUCGCCUCCAGGAGGAUAUGGAAUACACGGG